AUGACUUCCCUUGCGGCGAAAUUGGUAGCCAAGAAGCUUUUUAAAGAGACCUCGGCGAACAAAGAGGGCCAGGAGGACCCAUACUUCGAGACAGUCCCCGCCACCAGGUUGGGGGGGAUGUACAAGACCACUAAGAAGAGGCGCAGAGCUCUCCCACCUGGUCUGACAGCGCAAGAAGAGAAGAUCCUCACCAAGGCAAAGAGAAGAGCAUACCGCAUUGAUCUUUCCCUUGGCAGCUUCCUAGGGACACGAUUUGGUUGGGGUGCAGUUCUCGGAUUGAUCCCUGGCAUAGGCGAUGUCAUUGAUCUCCUCCUCGCUCUCAUGGUGUAUAGGACUUGCUGCUCAGUCGAGCCAGAUCUGCCAGCUUCCGUCAAGCUGCGAAUGCAGAUCAACAUGGCAAUCGACUUCGCUGUUGGCCUGGUGCCAUUCAUUGGAGACAUUGCAGAUGCGGCAUACAAGUGCAAUACUAGAAACGUGGUUUUGCUCGAGAAGGAGCUUCGUGAGCGUGGUCAGAAGAGAGUUAAGGGCACUCCAGAUGCCGAUGUAGCAGAUCCGAGUCUGCCUCAUGAGUUCGACCAUGCGAACGAAGAGCGUCUGUUGAACCAGCAGAACGGGCCGCCGCCACGAUACACCUCCAAACGCGAGUCUAGAAGAUCUCGCCGAGACCGUGAGGCAAACCAAGAUAUCGAACGGGGAGGACAGACGGCGCCACCGUUACCAGCGCGGACCUGA